GAGAUGUCACACUUGUUCCCUUUCCUGUGCUGCUUUCCAUCUUUACAUCAUCUCUGCAGCUUGGAGACGCUCUUGUUUAUUAAUUUAAAUAAUAUUGGGAAAAUUUGAUUAAAUCAAAAAAUACUUUAUUGAAAAUUAUAUAUCGUUUUGAUGACAAUGGCGUACAGAGAUCGUGAUCGCGGUGUGGAUAGACGAGGAGGCACCGGUGGACGUGGCGGAAGUCGAGGAAUGGGUGGAAGUCGUGGAGGAAGAGGAGGAAGCCGAGGAGGAGGAGGAGGAGGUGAUGGAGGUGGCGUUGGAAGAUUUGGUAAUCGGGACAGUGGUGGUAAUAUUGGAGGAAGUAGAUUUGGUAGCGGAGGUGGAAUGGGAAAUCGUGACAGUGGUUUUGGUAAUAAUAAUUUUAAAAAUCGUCAACCUGGUGAACGUCUACGAAAACCACGUUGGGAUAUGGGAUCAUUGCAACCAUUUAGAAAAGAUUUUUAUCAACCACAUUUAAAUGUUUGCAAUCGAAGUAUGCAUUCCGUUGAUUCAUAUCGUUCAAAUAAAGAAAUCACUGUUAAAGGCAAUAAUAUACCAGGUCCAAAUGUUUAUUUUGAAGAAGGUGGCUUUCCCGAUUAUGUAUUAAAUGAAAUUCAUAGACAAGGAUUCGGUGAACCAACUGCAAUUCAAGCUCAAGGUUGGCCAAUUGCACUAUCUGGACGCGAUAUGGUUGGCAUUGCUCAAACUGGCUCGGGAAAAACUUUAGCCUACAUUCUUCCAGCUAUCGUUCAUAUUAAUCAUCAGCCACGAUUAAAUAGAAAUGAUGGACCAAUUGCACUUGUAUUAGCACCGACUAGAGAACUUGCACAACAAAUUCAACAAGUGGCUUCAGAUUUUGGAGCAUCGUCACAAGUGAGAAACACCUGUAUAUUUGGAGGAGCACCAAAGGGACCACAAGCUAGAGAUUUAGAACGUGGUGUUGAAAUUUGUAUCGCAACACCUGGACGUUUAAUAGAUUUUUUAGAGCGAGGUACAACAAAUCUUCGUCGUUGUACAUAUUUAGUGUUGGAUGAGGCAGAUAGAAUGCUCGAUAUGGGUUUUGAGCCGCAAAUUAGAAAAAUAAUUGAACAAAUAAGACCCGAUAGACAAACUCUUAUGUGGUCUGCAACAUGGCCAAAAGAAGUAAGAAAUUUGGCUGAAGAAUUUUUGACUGAGUACAUUCAAAUUAACAUUGGCUCUCUACAAUUGGCAGCAAAUCAUAAUAUUCUACAAAUUGUUGAUGUAUGCGAGGAGUAUGAGAAAGAGGGAAAACUGAUGAAAUUGUUGGAAGAAAUUUCAAAUGAACCGGAAAACAAAACGAUUAUUUUUGUUGAAACUAAAAGAAAAGUUGAUGAUAUUACAAGGGCUAUUAAUAGGUAUGGAUGGCAGGCGAUAGGUAUUCAUGGGGACAAAAGUCAACAGGAGAGAGACUACGUUUUGAAUCAAUUCCGAGGUAGCCGGUCUGCUAUUUUAGUAGCAACAGAUGUGGCAGCUCGUGGUUUAGAUGUUGAAGACGUCAAAUUUGUUAUAAACCUGGACUAUCCGUCCAACUCAGAAGACUAUGUUCAUCGUAUUGGAAGAACUGGUCGAUCUCAACGUACGGGUACUGCUUAUGCUUUCUUCACACCAGCAAACGCGCACAAGGCUAAUGAUUUGAUUCAAGUUCUUGAAGAAGCUAAGCAGGUCGUUAAUCCAAAAUUGUACGAAUUGUCAAGAAAUCCAGGAAUGUACAAACGUGGCAGAUUUGGCGGUGGAAGGUCAAGUGGUGGUGGUAGUCGAGGUGGAAGCAGUCGUGGAGGUGGUAGUCGAGGUGGUGGUGGACGAGGUGGAGGCGGUAUGCGAGGAGGCCGAGACAAUAAUGACAGAGGAGGCGGAAGAUUUGAUCGAGGAAAUUCAGGUGGAGAUCGAGGAAAAUGGGGUGGCAGUUCUGGUGGAAUGGGAGGAGGUGGAUAUGGAAAUAAAUCCUUUUCCCAAAAUAGUUAUGGAGGUAGUGGUAGCAGCAGUGGAGGUGGUUAUAGUCAAAAUGGCAGUGGCUAUGGAAAUAGUGGAGGCAGUGGUGGCAAUUACAGACAACAAAACGGUUAUUAAAAUAUAGACCUUAUAAAGAGAUUCUUUAUAUAUAUAUAAAAAAAAGGAAAUUUGUAUCUGAAAAAAGAAAUCCAAUGAUGGAAUUGAAUUCCACGUUUGAUGCUUUGGAAUAUAAUAUUCAAAGCAUA